GUCAUUACAGCAUCAUUCUUCAUCAUCAUCGGAGGAAGGAUAGAGUACAAUCAUCUUGUACUGAAAGCAGUCAAUCAAUGUUUGGAAAAAUCGUCGGAGUAAUUCAGUGAAAGAAGAUAAAUAAUAGAAAAGCAUUAACCCAGAGUUUCCAUCGUGAUCCUCUAUUAUCUGUGUGACUCACCUGCGUACAGCGAGAGAGCAGUUUGGACAGGUUCCGUCCGGCGGCGUCAUGGCGGAGCUGUCCCAGGCUUCCGAAGUCUACGCCCCGAAAACGCUUCAAGUGUGGCGGACGCUCCUCAACUGGCUCACCUUCUUCUUCCAGAUCUCCCUCCAGAUCAUCAGGAGCACGCCGUCGUUGACUCGGUUGUUCUUCUCCUCCCUCUUCUCUUCUCCCCCUCAAUUCAAGCCUCUCCCGGUUGUUGAGCUUCCCGAGUCCCCGGAGCCGCCGCCCUCCGCGUCCGUUCCCCUACCGCAAAUCGACGGCGGAGGAGUCGCAUCCAGUCACGACGAGCUUCCUCUGCCUAGACUCACGGUUGUACUUGACCUGGAUGAAACUUUGAUUUGUGCUUAUGAGACAUCAAGCAUGCCUCCGGCGAUACGCUCUUUGGCAACAGAGGCUGGGUUGCAUUGGUUUGAACUUGAGUGCAUCUCUUCAGAGAAGGGGUGUGAUGGAAAACCUAAGAUCAACUAUGUGACAGUGUUUGAACGACCUGGAUUACACCAAUUCCUAAAACAGCUUAGUGAAUUCGCUGACCUCGUGCUGUUCACUGCCGGGCUUGAAGGCUACGCGAGGCCCCUUGUUGAUAAAAUAGAUGCUGAAAAUCGAUUUAUUCAUAGACUUUACAGGCCUUCUACAACCAGGACGGAAUACAGAGAACAUGUGAAGGAUCUGUUUGUCAUAUCAAAAGAUGUAUGCCGAAUUGUCCUCGUUGACAACAACCCCUUCAGUUUCUUAUUGCAGCCAUUAAAUGGGAUCCCAUGUGUUCCAUUCUCUCCAGGACAUCCCCAUGACAAGCAGCUUAUGGACGUUAUACUCCCUCUUCUCAAGGACCUUUCUCUCGAGAAGGACGUUAGACCGGUGCUUCAUGAAAGAUUUGGUAUGCUUGAGUGGUUUCAAAACCAUGGAAUCCCAGCUUCUGCAUUGUUUAAUGAUGUUCUUGUGUAACUACAUGUUUAUAGCUUGAUUAUGUUCCCAAUGUCACUUGGGAUUUUCCUUCUUCCUUGUCCAAUUGGUGUAAAAAUGAAUGAAAAAAAAAAACACAUGAGGAAUAAUAAGUUAAUAACCCUUUCUUCUAAGAUAGAUGCAUGUUUAGAUUUCAUGCCUCCCUUGAGUGGUAAAUAAUUGUUGUGGAAAUUGUUAAUAGGAAUAAUAAAAAGCAGUCAUUAUA